AUGGCUGAGAGCAAAUGCCCCUUCAAGAGCCAGGGCUCACGGUCCAACGUCGCCGGCGGUGGCACUCGGAACACCGACUGGUGGCCUGAGCAGCUCAAACUCAACAUCCUGCGCCAGCACACCACUGUCACCAACCCGCUGGGCGCCGACUUCGACUAUGCCGCCGCCUUCAACACCCUCGACUACGAUGCCCUCAAGAAAGACCUCACGGCGCUGAUGACCGACUCGCAGGAGUGGUGGCCCGCAGAUUUCGGCCACUACGGCGGUCUUUUCAUCCGCAUGGCCUGGCACAGCGCCGGUACCUACCGGGUGUUCGACGGCCGGGGCGGCGCCGGUCAGGGACAGCAGCGGUUCGCGCCCCUGAACAGCUGGCCCGAUAACGUCAGUCUGGACAAGGCCCGGCGCCUGCUGUGGCCCAUCAAGCAGAAGUACGGCGACAAGAUCUCCUGGGCGGAUCUGAUGAUCCUCACCGGUAACGUCGCCCUCGAGUCCAUGGGCUUCAAGACCUUUGGCUUUGCCGGUGGUCGUGCGGAUACCUGGGAGGCGGACGAGUCGGCCUACUGGGGCCGCGAGACCACCUGGCUGGGCAACGACGCUCGUUAUGAGAAGGGCUUCUCGGGCUCCGACAAGCAGGGCACCGUCAUUGCCGACGAGGCCUCGCACAAGACUACCCACUCCCGCGAGCUGGAGAACCCGCUCGCCGCCGCCCACAUGGGUCUCAUCUACGUCAACCCGGAAGGCCCCGAUGGCAACCCCGAUCCCGUGGCGGCUGCCCACGAUAUCCGCGUCACCUUCGGCCGCAUGGCCAUGAACGACGAGGAGACCGUCGCGUUGAUUGCCGGUGGACACACCUUUGGCAAGACACACGGCGCCGCCCCUGCAGACAACGUGGGCAAGGAGCCCGAGGCUGCUGGUUUAGAGGCUCAGGGCCUGGGCUGGCAGAACAGCCACGGAUCCGGCAAGGGCCCCGACACCAUCACCAGCGGUCUGGAAGUCACCUGGACCAAGACCCCGACCAAGUGGAGCAACCAGUUCCUCGAGUAUCUCUUCAAGUUCGACUGGGAGCUGACCAAGAGUCCCGCCGGCGCGCACCAGUGGGUGGCCAAGAACGCCGACGACAUCAUUCCCGACGCAUACGACGCCUUCAAGAAGCACAAGCCCACGAUGCUGACCACCGAUCUGUCGCUGCGCUUCGACCCGGCUUACGAGAAAAUCUCGCGUCGCUUCCUCGAGAACCCGGACCAGUUCGCCGACGCCUUCGCCCGCGCCUGGUUCAAGCUCACCCACCGUGACAUGGGCCCGCGCGCCCGCUACCUCGGCCCCGAAGUCCCCGGCGAAGUCCUCCUCUGGCAGGACCCCAUCCCCGCCGUCAACCACGCCCUGAUCGACACCGUCGACACCGCCGCGCUCAAGCGCGACGUCCUCGCCACCGGCGUCAACCCUUCCAAGUUCAUCUCCACCGCCUGGGCCGCCGCUUCAACCUUCCGCGGCAGCGACAAGCGCGGCGGUGCCAAUGGCGCCCGCAUCCGCUUCGCCCCGCAGCGCAGCUGGGAAGUCAACAACCAGCCCUGGCUGCAGGAGUCCCUGUCCGCCCUCGAGGGCGUGCAGUCCCGUUUCAACGCCUCCCGCCCCGACCGCAAGCAGGUCUCCCUCGCCGACCUGAUCGUCCUCGCCGGCUGCGCCGCCGUCGAGCAGGCCGCCCACGACGCCGGCUUCCCCGUCCGUGUCCCCUUCACCCCGGGCCGCAUGGACGCCUCCCAGGACGAGACCGACGUCGAGUCCUUCUCCCACAUGGAGCCCAUCGCCGACGGCUUCCGCAACUACGCCAAGCCCUACGUCCACGGCCGCGCCGAGCACUACCUCGUCGACAAGGCCCAGCUGCUCAACCUCUCCGCCCCUGAAAUGACCGUCCUCGUCGGCGGCCUCCGCGUCCUCAACACCAACUACGACGGCUCCGCCCACGGCGUCUUCACGUCCCGCCCCGGUGUCCUCUCCAACGACUUCUUCGUCAACCUCCUCGACAUGAACACCGCCUGGCAGGCCGGGCACAACGGUGAGAUCUUCGAGGGCGCGGACCGCAAGUCCGGGGCUAAGAAGUGGACUGCUACGCGCGCGGAUCUGGUCUUCGGAUCGCAUGCCGAGCUACGCGCCGUGGCUGAGGUGUAUGCUAGUGCGGAUGGCCAGAGGAAGUUCGUGAAUGACUUUGUGGCCGCGUGGAAUAAGGUGAUGAAUCUGGAUCGGUUCGAUCUGCAGGGGAAGCAGUUUAUUUAUCCCCGUCUGUAA